GGAUCUGCCAUUGCGGCAGAAAAUUUCAAGGACUACGGACGUGCCUUUAUUUGUGCUGACUGAGUGUUCUAGAGUAUUCAUUCGAAGGCAGCCAGAAGAACUAAAGUAUCUUCUUUGUUCGAUAGAUUUCACAUACAGCUUCGAUUUAACUGCGUUAUAGUUGCACAUCAUCAUGGGAGAAUCCAUACAAUUAGAAACAUGUCCAUAUGAUCCAUCACAUCGGAUUCGUAGAUACAAGAUGCCAAUGCAUCUUGUAAAGUGUGAAAAAAACCAUCGUGCAUCUGGAAAAGUUCGAUGUCCUUAUAAUGCUGUGCAUAUUGUUGAUCCAGUCGAGUAUCAGGCUCAUCUCAGUACAUGCCUGGAUUACGCGAUUGAGCUAACAAAGGUGUACAAAGUAGAUACUCCUCAACAAUUAAAUGUUAUUCCUAUCGAGGAUGUAGUAAACAAGGAUAUUGUACCAACGGAGGAAGACUGGGACAAGGAACCCGAAGCGAAACCUUAUGAUCCGCUAAAGCAUUCUGAAAAUAAAUUGGUAUAUAGACGUUUGAGUGUUGCUAGUAAAUCAGAAAAGAAGGCUUUUAUGGAAACAGAAAAACGACGUUGGCAAGCAUUGGUGAACGAAAAUAAAACUCCGCAAUCAAAUAAUCUACAGAAGAAUAAACGAUCCGGGCCAAUCGUGCAAGAAACACGGCUACCGGCAAAGGCGGAGAAACUCAGUGUUCCAAGAGAAAGCAUUGAGGACUUUAGGGAUGAUGAGUCUGUAGCAACCUCAUUAACUGACUACGAUAUGGAUUUAAUAGUAGAAACUAUUAAGAGCGAUAUGAACAUAGAUUCAAUGAAGAAGCUUAUGUUAAAUGAGGAAGUAUCAAUUCCAGGAAGAAUCAGACAGAGUGACAUUGCAAAGUCUUUCCAACAUCUCAGUAUUGCAGAUGCAGAAUUAGUAAUUGCAGAUAAUGAAUCUAUUGCUUCGAGUAAUACUCUAACAGACAGGCAGUCAAACAUGUCAGAUCUUAUUACUAUAUCAACUUAUUUGGCAAAGAAGAAAGCAAUGUUUGAAGAGCAAAUUAAUAAUAUUAGUUCUAUAACUGCUGAUCCACGCAUACACAAAAUGCUCAAAGAUGCUGCACAGGCAAUUCCCAAUGUUAGUGACAUUUUUUCAAACGCAUCUCAGCAGGAUGUAUCUGCAAAUGGAAAUGGACGAUUAGGUACAGGUUUGGAUGAAUUUUUCGACUCGUACUUUAAAACAGAACAUGUCGAAGAUAAUGUUGAGCAGAAAGCUUUUCUUAAUCCUUUUUAUGAUCCUCAAAAUCAUAAUUCUCAAUCUAACAAUACAUGUGAUGCUCCUCGUGGUUUUUCAUAUUCUCAAGCUCUAUCUGGUCGUUCUACACCAGCUCAAUCAUUGCAGAAUAAUAAUGUUCCUAAUAUGAAUGACAUCAAUUUUUCACAAAAUAAUGCAAAUAAUGACAAUUCUGUUAUGAGCAUUGGCCGCGGAAAGAAAUCUAUGUCCAAACUAUACUAAGCCAUCUGAUUCUCAAACACUUAUGACAAUGUGUCGUCAAAAGUGGAGCAGCAACUUAAUAUUUCUAAUUAUUUUAACAUUUCAAUAUGAAAUUUUAUUUUUCUAUUAGAUAUAAUUUCAAGUCUUAUUAUCGAACUGCGUUUCUUUUUAGUUACAUAUAUGAAUACGAUGUCAAAUUGAACAUAAGUUACUAUUUUUGUUUACCACAAUGUAACUGAACAUUUCUUUGUAGUUUAAUUACGUUUAAUCAAAUAAUAUGUAGUAAGUCAUGUUAAAAAACAGAGGCUCUCAGAUAAUUGCCAAGAUUAUUACAUGAUAUUUGUCUCUUUUAUGUUGUGCCAUCUAACAUCUUGGUCAAAAAUGUUUUCUAUUAUUGUCACCAAAUAAAAGUAAGAAAUUUAAGGAUAAGAUUUAUAUUCUUAAGGUAGAAAUCAAUGUACGCGGUAAUGUUCCUGAAUGUAAUACCAUUUAUUUUCUUUAUAAAACAAUGAGACUUUGUUAUUUUUAUAUACGUACAAAUAGAUAUCUGAAAACCAAAGUGCCUUCAAAUAAAAUAUUUGUAUAUUUUA